UCAUGCACAGUAAACACCACGUAUCGCAAACCGUCAAAGUGUCACUUUUCGACAACAAAACAGCCAGUUGCUUUUACAGCUGGGUCGCUAAUUUUCCAGUUUUUCAUUUCUUCUGCAAUUAUAAUUCACGCUUUUGCUGCUAAAUAUCAUUAAACUAACGUGAUUCCCCACGAAUCCCGGAAAAUCCCUUUCGAACGAUGCUCGAAAGUGGUAAGGUCUCCCUCGUCGGGGUAUUCCUCCUGCUAGUGGUGCUUCUAGAAAAUACCUUCAGUCUUCCGGUUGUGACGCAGGCACCGAAAAUAGAGAAGAAAGAGGAGGAACAGGUCAAGGACAGCAACGUGGAACACAUUGAGAAUGUUAUUGAGUACAAUAAAUAUUUGCAAGAGGUGGUAAAGGUGCUGGAAAGCGACCCUGUUUUCAGAGAGAAAUUAGACAAAGCAGCGGAAAGUGAUAUUAGGUCUGGUAAAAUAGCGCAAGAAUUGGAAUACGUCAAUCAUAACGUGCGAUCGCAGCUGGACGAGUUGAAGCGAAUUGAGCUUCAGCGAUUACGCGAACUGGCAACCAGACAGUUUGAACUGUCGAACCACAUUGAUCGCGAUCAUAUGAAAAUUGCCGAACAUCUUGAUCACGAAAAUCAGCACACUUUUGAAAUCGAUGAUUUGAAAAAGCUGAUCCUGAAAACGUCCCAAGAUCUGUCCGAGAAUGAUCGUCGUCGGCGAGAAGAAUUCAAAGAGUACGAACUGCAGAAGGAAUUUGAAAAACAGGAAAAACUUCGCCUGCUGGAUGAAGAGCAUCGCAAACAAUAUGAGGAGGAACUGAAGAAACAACAGCAAACGCACGAAAAACAUGAAAAAAUCCACCACCCAGGCAACAAGGCCCAGUUGGAAGAGGUAUGGGAAAAACAGGACCACAUGGAUGGUCAGGAUUUUGACCCGAAGACUUUCUUCAUGCUGCAUGACAUCGAUGGCAAUGGCUAUUGGGACGAAAAUGAAGUAAAGGUGCUGUUCAUCAAUGAACUGAACAAAAUGUAUGAAGCUGGUCACCCGGAAGAUGACAUGAAAGAGCGAGCAGAAGAAAUGGAACGAAUGCGGGAACACGUGUUCCAGGAAGCAGAUACCAACAAAGAUGGAUUGAUCAGCUAUGAAGAAUUCAUCGAGCAGACCAAGCGGGAAGAAUUCCAGAAGGACCCAGAAUGGGACACGGUUGAUCACCAGCCCCAAUUUACGCACGAAGAAUAUUUGGAAUACGAACGGCGGAACCAGGAGCAAAUCCAACGAUUGAUUGCAGAGGGAAAGCUUCCACCACAUCCAAAUAUGCCUCAGGGAUACUAUCCUGGACCAAAUUCUGGCCCUUACCAAGUACAUCCCAACGCCAUUCCUCAAAAUCAACCGUACCACCCCCCUCCGCAACAGGGGCACCCAAACCAGGUACCGCAAUACCAGGCCCAUCCUCAGCAAGGCUACCCGCAACAGGUGAAUCUGCAUCCUAAUCAGGUUUAUCAACACCAUCAGGAUCCAAACUAUCCACCCCAAACCGGUCAGCAAUCUAACGUAUACCAGCAUCCUCCGCAGUACCAACAGCAGCCGCCCCAACACCAACAACCAGCUCAUCCUCAACAACAGUACCAGCAGCAACCCGCUCAAACCCAGCAACAAUAUCAACAACCACAACAGCCUGUUCCAAAUCCUGCCGUCCACCACAAUUCUCAACCCAUUGCUAACCAAGCGCAACCGGCUGCCCCACAACAAAACCGCCCGCCUCUGCCACCACCAGUCCCACAACAGCAACAACAACAACAACAACCAAUAAGCAACAAUCAAGCACCUCCUCCCCCACAACCGCAACAAACAGCACAACAAAAUGUGCCUAACAGCCAACCACCCGCUGGACCAAACCAGCAGCAACAGAAGCCAGCUUCCGUGCAAUCCCAACAACAACAGCAACCACAACAGAAACACUAAAACUUAACUUCACAACUUCUACUUAAAAAGAAUAAAAACUUCUUCAAUUCUUCUUGUGCUGAUGGAUAGAUGUAUCUAACAUUUUUGGAUUGUAAUUUUAAACUGAAAUCUGUUGUGUAUUUACUGAAAGCACAAGUCAGCCAAAAGUAACUGGCAAUUAUUCCAGGAUAAACGUUAUAUUUUGCAUUUUCAUACUUUUCUCUGACGAACUGUGGGCUAGCGUUUCUACUGUGCAUCGCGUGUUAUAAUGUCUAUUCUGGUUGAAAACCAAAAAAUAAGUAAAUUACUUGCGAUAGUUAGUAGAAACGCUUGCCUAGAAAAAUAAAUUGACAAUGUGUAGUGAUUUGCAAGACUGUUUGGUACACAUACCUAUCUAAUCGAAUCGUUCAAAAACCUCUACUGUAUAACUCAACUAUUCGAGUAAUAAAUCUGUUUAAAACUUGUAA